AUGAAGAGGGAUCACCAAGAAAGCUGCGGCCGAGGGGUGAUGGGUGAGUGUUCCUCAAUGUCGAACGGGAAGGCCAAGAUGUGGCAGGAAGAGCAGCCGCAGCAGGGAGGAGGGAUGGAUGAGUACCUGGCGGAGUUAGGGUACAAGGUGCGUGCCUCCGACAUGGCUGACGUGGCACAGAAGCUGGAGCAGCUGGAGAUGGUGAUGGGGAGUGCCCAGGAAGAGGGAAUUUCCCACCUUGCUUCCGACACCGUUCACUACGACCCCACGGAUCUCCAUGCCUGGGUCCAAAAUAUGUUAACCGAACUCAACCCCGAACCCAACAACAUCAUCCUCGAUCCGUCUUCUUUCUUAAUCGACAACCCCGAACCCAGCAACAUCAUCCUCGAUCCAUCUUCUUUCUUAAUCGACAACUCCGUACACCCUUCCUCCAUCCUCGCCACAACCACCGCAGGCGUUUUCAACGACGACUCCGAAUAUGACCUCAGAGCCAUUCCUGGAAAAGCAGCGUACCCUCCUCAACACAACACAAACAACGGCACCACCGUUAACACCACCACCAACAGUACCAAAAACAUGGAGGAAAUUGAACCAGGUAACAACAAGCGCCUCAAGGCUUCCCCAAGUGGAUCCCCAGACUCCGCGUCGGAGCCCACGCGCCCGGUGGUCCUCGUUGAGGAAACCGGCGUGCGUCUUGUGCACACUCUCAUGGCGUGCGGGGAGGCCGUCCAGCAGGAGAAUCUGAAGCUCGCACAGGCGCUGGUGAGCCACGUGGGCAUGCUGGCGGCGUCGCAAGCCGGCGCCAUGAAGAAAGUGGCGUCGUACUUCGCUCAAGCCCUGGCGCGUCGAAUCUACGGAAGCUUCCGCGAGGAAACCCUGGAUUCCUCCCUCUCCGACGUUCUCCACAUGGACUUCUACGAGUCCUGCCCUUAUCUCAAGUUCGCGCACUUCACCGCCAACCAGGCCAUUCUCGAAGCCUUCGCCACCGCUGGGAGAGUCCACGUCAUCGAUUUCGGCCUCAAACAAGGGAUGCAGUGGCCCGCCCUCAUGCAGGCCCUCGCAUUGCGCCCCGGCGGGCCUCCAACCUUCCGCUUAACCGGGAUCGGGCCCCCGCAGCCCGACAACACCGACGCCCUACAGAAAGUGGGCUGGAAGCUAGCCCAAUUAGCCCAAACCAUCGGCGUCCAGUUCGAGUUCCGCGGAUUCGUCUGCAGCAGCCUCGCAGAUCUCGACCCGAACAUGCUCGAGAUCCGACCCGGAGAAGCCGUCGCUGUCAACUCUAUCUUCGAGCUCCACCGCAUGCUGGCCCGACCCGGAUCCUUUGACAAGGUGAUGGAAACAGUUAAAAAACUCAACCCCAAAAUCGUUACCAUCGUGGAGCAAGAAGCGAACCACAAUGGACCGGUUUUCCUCGACCGGUUCAAUGAAGCCUUGCAUUACUACUCGAGUAUGUUUGAUUCGCUGGAGGGUUCUUCCUCUUCGGGCGGGAUGUCGGAGUUGUACCUUGGAAGACAGAUAUGCAACGUGGUGGCGUGCGAAGGCGUUGAGCGCGUAGAGCGUCAUGAGACUUUGAGCCAGUGGAGGGGGCGAAUGGGCUCAGCCGGGUUCGACCCGGUUCAUCUCGGAUCGAACGCGUUCAAGCAAGCGAGUAUGUUGCUGGCGCUAUUCGCAGGGGGUGGCGGGUACAGAGUGGAGGAGAAUAACGGGUGCCUCAUGCUCGGGUGGCACACGAGGCCUCUCAUCGCUACCUCCGCGUGGAAGCUUCCCUCGCCCGAUUCGUAG